AUGAGCCUGGCCUCUCAAUAUGGAAUCACCAUCACACAGCUCAUUACCUGGAGCUCAGUUUUGAACUCUCUGUGUAGCAAUUUCGACGUCGUGGUUGGUCAUCAGAUCUGCGUCAGUUAUCCGGGCAAUGCCUCUUCUGAAAUCAAUACCUAUGCUUCGGCAAAAUUCGGGGCUACGGCCAGUGUAGCAGCUCCAGUACCAACAGAUGUCGUUGUUGGGACCAACGUCAAUUGUGGAAAAUACUAUCAGGUCAAGGAGAACGAUUACUGCCAGGCGAUUGCUAUGGCGCAGGGCAUUUCUCUUUCUGAUUUCUACUUCCUGAAUCCGGAAAUUGACGGAAAUUGCACUAAUCUAUACCUCAAUUACAGCUACUGCGUCCAACCGGUUGGGAACAUUGAGACAUACCCUGGGUACGCGACUACUACUACAACUGGGGCCUCGCCGACGACGACAACAGCAUGGUGGGGAACUCGUGUGGCAUGGGACGACUUACCUAUUGCCACCAAUCUCACUUCAUGGGUUCCAAUCGUUACUCCUACGACCGCCCCUCUGGCGAAUAAUACCAGACUCGAUUGUGAUGAGUAUACUGACAAUACCCUCGGGUCGGUCCCGUGUGACUGGCUAGCAUUGGGUGUAGACAUCGCAGACUUUGCUAGCUGGAAUCCGUCAGUGGACGUGUAUAACUGCUCUCUGGCCAAUAAUACACGACACUGCACACUCUUAGGAUCCGGAUACGAUAUCAGCAACUUGACAGUCGACCCGAACUCGUACUAUGCGGACGUGCCACCCGACGCAGCAGUCAACUCGACGCACGACUGCUAUACUUGUGCCAGACGCAUGCUCAUCAAUAUUGGUCGUCCUGCAGCAACCUCAUGUGAAGAUAUUCUUUCUUAUGCAAAUAUCUCCCUAAGCGCAUUCUAUGCUUGGAAUCCAAGUGUCAAGAGCGACUGCUCGAACAUUUGGCUGGAUGUUUCCUACUGUAUCUCCGGCGAUGGCUACGAUGACACGUACUAUGCUGGCAGCACUACUUCUUCAGCCUCCUCGGUUCCCACCACUACCGCUUGCGCAAGUGCCACCGUGACGGCUCCGGGGCCUACUCAGACCGGUAUUCCGUGCGAUUGUAAUAAAUAUGCCCAGCAGACCGAUGGGGUCUACUGCCAAGAUAUGGCGAACGAGAAUGGAAUCACACUGGACGAGCUCUAUAGCCUGAACCCAGCUCUGAACGGGGAUUGCAGUGGACUGUGGGCUGGUUAUGCGUACUGUGUUGGAGUCCCAGGCGUUACCACGUCUAGCCCUGCUACAACCACGACCGAAAGCACACCCACCACCACCUCGAGUACAGCUUGUGCCACGGUGACCCCACCUGGGCCCACUCAGUCCAACAUCUCCUGCACUUGUAACAAAUACCUGAUGCAAGCCGAUGGGGUGUAUUGCUACGAUAUGGCUGCCGAGGAAGGAAUUACAUUGGACCAGUUGUAUGAGUGGAACCCAAGCCUGAAUGGGGAUUGCAGUGGACUAUGGCCGGGCUAUGCAUACUGCGUUGGGGUUCUGUGA